CUCCGACGACCGUCUGGCGAUCAGUUUCAUUGAUUACCGAUUUAUAGCAAAGGAUUUUUUGAGCAAUUGGUAUUAUAUAUUGAAUGUGAGUUUCAUGGAAGUCUGUUAAAUGUGGUUAAUUAUAUGAAAGGAGAUAUGCCUACAUGGAUGCAUGUGGAUCUGGACAAGCAUUACAAAAGCACUCAGUAGUGGAGACCCCAAGGCCACCAUUGGUUCGUGCUGAUAAGAACGAUGGUACCACCCGCCGGACUCGAACAAGGGAAGUUAGUUCUCGGUAUAAGUCACCUUCUCCAUCUCCCUCUGUAUCUUUUGACUCUAGGCGUUGCCCUUCACCAAAUAUCACAAGAACAGGUACAUCAUCACCAUCAGUACCAAAGAGAGCUAUAUCGGCGGAAAGGAAAAGGCCAUCCACGCCACCCUCACCACCAAGUAUAUCCACUCCUGUCCACGACACAACUACAGGUGUGCAAUUGGCAUCCCGAAAGAUGAUUAGCAGUCGGUUGCCGGAGGUUUUAUGGCCCACCACAAUGCGUAGUCUCAGUGUUUCAUUUCAGUCUGAUACCUUUUCUCCUCCUAUUAGUAGAAGAGAAAAACCAGUUACUAAUGCUCUUUCAGAUCGCACUUUGAGACUAUCGUCCAAUGUUGUGCAGAAACAGGGUGAAACACCACCUGUUUCACGAAAGCCUGCACCAGAGAGAAAGACGAGUCCUUUCAAAGGAAAGGAUUCCACUGACCAGUUUGAGAAUUCUAAACCAGUUGAUGGUUUACAUGCUCGAUUAGUGGAUCAUCAUAGAUGGCCAAACAGAACAAGUGGGAAGGUAUCUUACAUUGGUCUGAACAAAAGCAUGGAUCUCACCGAUAAGACAAGUAAAACUUCAACUUUACCGCAUCCUGGAAUGGGGAUACCAUCCCUGAGGAGAAGGUCCUUGGAUGGUAUGACUAAACCUUUACAAAAGCCUGCCAGUGAUGCGGCGAGAUUAUUAUUGUCAUUCGAUGAAAGUGGAAGUAUAGAUUUUGAAAGGCGUUCAGUUGAUGAUAAUGCAUUGAGGGGCCAAAAGCCGCCUGUUUCUUCAAUUUUCUCUGGAAGAACAGCAUCAGUGACUCCUGCAAUUCGAUCUCAAAUUUUGACUAGUUCUGGAUCAGGCGCUUCAUCUCCAAUUAGGACAUCAGUGAUAUCAUCCUCUGUUUCUAGAGGUGUCAGUCCAGCUCGAGCAAGGGCCUUACAUCCUGCUCCGUCUAGCAGAGGGCCCAGUCCAUCUCGGAUAAGACCAUCCAGUCCUUCAAAGCAAUCCAACAGUUCAACUUCUGUCCUCAGUUUUUUUGUCGAUAUUAGAAAAGGAAAGAAGGCCGCAAAUCACAUAGAAGAUGUUCAUCAACUACGGCUGCUGUACAAUAGACAUUUGCAAUGGCGAAUUGCUAAUGCCCAAGCAGAUGAUGCACUGAAUUUUCAGAAAACAACAGCAGAGAAAAAAUUAUACGAUGUGCGGAGAACCACUUCAGAACUGUGGAAUUCAGUUACCAAGAAGAGGGUCAACCUCCAACUGCUGAGGCUUAAGCUGAAGCUGUACUCAGUUUUGAACAAACAAAUGGCCUACCUUGAUGAGUGGGCAUCGAUUGAAAGGGAUCAUACUAGUUCUUUAUCUCGAGCUAUCGAAGAUCUACAGGCAAACACUAUCCGUCUUCCAGUCAAUGGAGGGACCAGGGCAGAUAUUGAAGCUGUGAAAGCAGCUGUUUGCUCAGCUGUUGAUGUGAUGCAGACAAUGGGAUCGUCCACAUGUUCUAUACUCUCACAAGUGGAAGGGAUGAACUGCUUGGUUUCCGAACUUGCUGAUGUAGCAGCACAAGAGAGAUCCAUGCUUGAUGAAUGUGAGACUCUUUUGGCUUCUACAACAGCUAUGCAGGUUGAGGAAUGCAGCCUUCAGACCCAUGUCAUACAGUUGAAACCAGCUCGGAAGAAUGGUGAACUGACAAUUUUUAGCAAUUAAAACACUUCAUUGCCUAACAGAUGCUACACAACAACCUUAAGAAUUCCCUCAGUAGCUGCCUUCUCAAAUUCUCAGUGAGUGUGUAUUGUUCUUUUUUCCUUAUUGUUUUUCUUCUUCUUAACACUGGUGGGAAUUUGUAAUUUACUGAUUCCUUUUUUUCCUACUCCCCUUUCACUGGCAGAGCAGCUGGCUCCAUCCUCAGCAUGUGUAGUUUUUUGAAUUGUGAACGAAAAAGAAAUGGAAAAGGAAGAAAUCAUUAGAAUUCAAUGGAAUUCAGUUCUCUUUGUUUGUCAGCGGAAUCUAGUUUUAUGUAAGAAUCGUGUUGUUUGAACUUAAUUUACUGACCUAAUGUCCACAAACAAAUCUCAGUUUGACUGUCAG